AUGACUCAAGAAGCUUCCAGUGACGCGAUGAUCCGUCGCGUGUGUCGGGCCUUCAGUGGGAGUUUCGCCAAAGAUGAAGCCACAGCGAAGGAGCUCGGCAGCGCGUACUGGAUUAGUCGCGUCCUCGGCUCAGGUGCAACCGGAACGGUGCUGUAUGCGAAACGGGCAUCUGAUGGUGAGCCGUUUGCAGUCAAGUUUGUCGACAUGGAGGGUAUGUCUGAGGCUGACAGGAAUCGCGCGCAGGCCGAGGUGCAUUGCCUGCUGAAUUGCGACUACUUCUCGAUUCUAAAAUGCCAUGAGGAUCUUGCUAAGAGGGAUCCACAGAAUCCUGAUAAUGUCCAAAUGAUCGCGCUCGUUUUGGAUUACGCUAAUGCUGGUGACCUACGUCAAGAAAUCAGAAGUCGAUCCAAGACGGGCCAUUUCUUCGAAGAACACGAAGCCGGCAUGCUCUUUCUUCAGGUUUUGCUCGCAGUUCAUCACGUGCACUCACGUCACAUGAUUCAUCGCGAUAUUAAAAGUGCGAAUAUCUUACUCUGCAGUAACGGGCUUGUGAAGUUGGGUGACUUUGGCUUUAGCAAAACAUAUACGGUCACCGUUUCAGAGGACGUUGGCCGGACUUUUUGUGGAACACCCUACUAUGUCGCACCGGAGAUCUGGCGUCGCAAGCCGUAUAGCAAGAAGGCGGAUAUGUUUUCUUUAGGUGUGCUCCUGUACGAAUUGCUGACACUGAAAAGGCCUUUCGACGGAGCUAACAUGAAUGAGGUGAUGCAAAAAACGUUGGCUGGACAGUACGAGCCAUUACCGAGCAAGGUUAGUCCGGAGAUGUGCGAAGUUGUAGCGUCACUGCUGAAUGGGGACCCGAUGAUACGUCCUUCAAGUAGUAAGCUUCUUGAUACACCUAUCUGUAAGCUUUUUAUGUCAGGUUUAUUGGAGAUUGUUCAAUCUCAGCCGAUCUUCCAAGGGAAUCUCCGUGAGACGAUUGCUAUGCAGAUUCAGCAAACAAAGCAACUGCUCUGUCGAGACCGACGUAUGUUAAAUCGUAAAAUGGAGGAAAGUUCCAGGAGUUCCGUAUCAAUUUUUACGACUAUUCUAGAGGGGGCUCAGCCGUUGAACCCUACUAUUGGCGGCCUUAUCAUCUUUGACGGCAUAGUUCGCAAGCAAAGCAGUGACAUGGUCUGGAAGCGUCGCUAUCUUUGCAUCCGCGCCGAGCUUCAUGAUGGGCAAACUUGCGUGGAUAAUUUAAAUCCAUCAUUCAAGAGCCUUUCCCUCAUUUUGGCCGUGUCGAAGGAAACCAUGUGGCAGCAGUGCAUUCUUACAUCUUUUUCGGAGUUGGAGGAUGUUUUUCCAGUGCCUAAUAAGUAUAACAGCUCAAAUGCGCCGCACGUGUUCGCGGUAGCGUUUAAGACGGGCAAGCGUCUUUCCUUUCAGGCACGAAGUGAUGAAGAAAGAGAUUUGUGGAUGUCCAAGAUUCAGGAUGUUCUUGGCAUUGGUGAUGAAGAAGAUAAAAAUCCAUAG